AUGGCGAGGCUGUUCACCAUCAUCUCCUCCUUCACCGUCCUCCUCCUCCUUAGUGAUGUGGGGAUGGCGGUGGAGACCGCCCCCAAAGUGGCCGGCGGCGACGCCAACGUCAAAAGGUUGUGCACCGACACGCCCUACCCGGACCUCUGCGCCGACAUGAUCGCACGCUACGACGAGUGCAAAGGCGCCGACGACAAGAAGCUGGUGGGGAUGGCGGCGCUCACCACCGCCACCCUCCUUCUUAAAGCGUCCGGGGACGCGAGCCCGGGCCUUCAGAAGCAGCGCUACCCAGACCUGACCAAGGCCGACGAGGUCUGCUUUGAAACCUGCUACAAGGAGCUGACCAAUGGCGGCGAAAAACUCGACAAUUUGUGCACGAGCAAAGAGGGCUCGGACGACAUCGGCAUGGCCCAGCUCCCCGAAAUCCGCAGCUUCAUCAAGGAGAACAACGGGGCGCAUGCCCAGUGGAAUUGCGAUAGGUGUCGCCCUGCGAAUGACAAGAAGACACCCGACGAUGUCUCCAAGAAGAACGAUGCCGAGAAGGCCAUGGCUGUCCUGGAGGUGCUCGUCAACAAAGUGACCAAAUAA